AUUUUAUUUAUUUCUAAGAAAAAUAAUAUAUUAUAUUUUUAUAUAAAUUGCUGGAGAUUAAAUAUAAUUAUUAUUAAAAAUUAUUAUUUUUUAUUAUUAAUUAAUAAGAUAAUGGACCACCUUAAUAAAAUAAGAAUUUUUCCUAGAUUUAAUUUAUAUGAUAUCUACUAUUAUAGUUAA